ACUUAGUAUUUCAUAUAAAGAGAUAUUAGCAUGAAGAAAGGACAUGAAUAAGGAGAAUGUAAAAAGCUUAGAUGAGAGAAGAGGAAGUAAGAAAAAGAGAGUAAAUCACGAAAGACAUGUGAGUGUGGAAGAGAAAAAGAGAAAUAAGAAUGAGAUUCAUUAAUGGCAUGUAAAGUGAAAGGAGAGAGUAUGUAGAAAAAAAUAACAUAAAGAAGAAGAACAAGUACAUAAUCGAUGCUUUGCUUUUUUCUUUGUGGGGUUUGUGUCCAUACAGUGAAAGGGUGAAUAGAUUAAUAAGAAAAGAAAUGGAAGUAGUGUAUGUUCUUUGGUGACAGUUGAAGAGGAAGAAAGAGAAAGAAGAAGGAAAAAAAGAAGGCUUGAAAAGCGGCAUGGCGUCGUCGAAGGUUGUUGUCUCGACGAAUCCGGAUCUGCCACGCGACUCUUCUAUAUCUCCCCUUUCCUCUCUUCUACUCUCUGAUCUGCACCACUCAACCUCCAUGGACGACCUUCUCAAGUCCAUCACCCCUUCUGCCGCCAAGACCGUCGACGAUGUCUGGAAGGAGAUCGUUGCCGGCGCUCACCCCCACCAUCCUGCCGGCACCGUCUCCGGAGACAGAAAUGCCGCCACCGUCAACGCCACCGCCACCGCCCCAGAGGGCUACGAGGCUAUUACCCUGGAGGAUUUCCUCACCAAGGCCGGCGCCGUCAGAGAGGAGGACGUGAGAGGGGUUCUGCCCCCUUCUUCCUCUCUCCCCUUUCCUCUCCCUCUGCCCGCCGAAGGCUCCUCCUCCUCCGUUGAGCCCUUUGGAAACGGCGUUGCGCCCACCAAUUCGGUCCCCAAAGGGAAGAGAAGGGUAGUGGAGGAACCCGUGGACAAGGCCACACUUCAGAAGCAGAGGAGGAUGAUCAAGAAUCGAGAGUCCGCUGCUAGGUCCCGGGAACGCAAGCAGGCUUAUACAUCGGAGCUUGAGUAUCUUGUUCACCAGCUGGAGCAAGAGAACGCCCGGUUAAUUAACGAAGAGGCUGAGAUGAGAAGGCAGAGGAAAAAGCAGGUCUGUAAUGGAUAUGCUCUCUUUUAGACAUGUUCAUUAUCUGCUCUUGGAGUACAUAAUUCCAGUUGAAGUGAUGCCUAAACCCAGAAAGAAACUUCGGAGAGUAAAUUCAGCUCAAUCAUUGUGAUGUUUCAUCACUCAUCUCAUCAACAAACUAGGCUGUGACUUGGUGUAGAUAUAAGGAGGGAAAGAUUUAAGAAAUUGAAUGUCAUUGCAGUUGCAGGUUAUCGGAGUUACAAUGUAUAGACAAAAAGAAAAAAAAUAGCUGGAGCCAAUUAAUCCAAGUAAUUUAAUUCAACUAGAAAGUAUUCUUCCACUGAUCUACAAGGAAGAUCCAUGGCUCUGGGUGGGGAUUGUGAGGAUUAGGCCUUGUAGGAAGAGUUGAAAUAAAAGUUUGUGGAGUGAUCAUUUAUGCAAUUUGGAUGUUAUGAUUAGUGGAUGAGUUACAUCUAAGAGGAUUCGAGGAGUAGUGUUUAGCAGAUUUCUUCAUGUACACGGAAAGAUCACCUGAAUGUCCCAUGAUUAAGACAAGUUACUUUUGCAAAAGUAUCAUAUCAUUUUACCUCAUUUAUUAAUUA